AUGGAGCGAAAUUCACGAGAAGGAUCGCCCGCGAGCGGCGUCACUGCCAAAAGCCAAUCAACAGUCCCCAUCCCACAGAGAAUCGAAAGUAUGAUCGAUCCAGCAGUAUGGGGCAACUGGGCAAUCGACCUUACAAACGCUAGCCCACAGCAACUGGGUUCCUAUAUGGGUUUCCUACUUGAGACCUAUGAGAAGAGGAAUCUCACGGGCCUCGAGCUAUGGAACGAAGUUUCUCCCGAUUUCGCCGACUGGUCAGAAGAAGAAGAACCCGAAGCUGAGAUACCGCAGCAGGAAGUAGUACGCGACGAAAUUAUCGUCGCCGGCGGAGGCAGUGAACCGGACGAACCGCAAGAGGCACCGGAGCCACCGAGAAGACGCCCGGGCAGACCCCGGAAGAGACCACUGCCAAUCGCCCACUUCACAGAGGAAUUCAACGAUGACCCGGAUUAUCAACAAAUAUUCCUAUCGAUUAAGGAGCAAGCAGACGAAGAAUUAGCAAUCAAACUACGACGAGAAGGUGUUAUUACUACACCAGGCGAACCGUUCGAACAGUCAACUAAACAAGAGAUCAACAGCCUCAUCGCUAGAGGAGUGUUCAAAUUCACCCAGUUCAAUAAGAGAAGGCACCAGAACGUACGAAUCUUCCGAUCUCGUAUCGUCAACGAAGUCAAGGGUAAAACAACCGAACCCUACGAGAAAUCGAGACUUGUAAUACAGGGUUACGCCGACGAUGGCAAGAAGGCUAUAUUGACCCAAUCGCCAACGAUUCAGCGGGCGAGUCAACGGCUAAUUCUGUCAAUUACCCCGUCACUCCUACGAGAAGGGAAACAACUAUGGCUUCGAGAUAUCACACAAGCCUACGUUCAAUCCUCCACAAGGCUCAAUCGUACUAUUCUCGCCUACCCACCGAAGCAAAUUCAAGACCAGUACCCAAAAGGGACCAUUAUGGAGGUUGUGAAGCCUCUGUACGGAAUCGCAGAAGCUGGAACCCACUGGUAG